AUGGAGAAAGACAAGAGGGAGGACACAGGACAGAGCAGUUUUUUCAGCCAAUCAGAAAUAGUCAACGAGGACCUCUCUGAUGCUUCGGUCAAAGGCCAGAAACAUCCCGGAGGCGUCAAAAGUCAGGAUACAUGCUCCAUCCCAUGUGACAUCACUGUCAAGCUGCUACGAGAUGAGAAACAUUCAAUAUGUGGCCAGUUACAGCAGUCUCUGUUAGCGUUUGGACGCAGCACCCGGAAGCUGAUCCGGGAUGUGAUGGAGGAGCAGGAGAGAGCCCUGGACAUCCUCAGCAGUCAGGUCACAGAGCUGAUGACCAAAGUGCAGACGCUCAGCUCUGAGGUGCAGAGAAGCAACGCUGAGCUCUACUCCAUCAAACCUGUGCAAUCCCAUGGACGAGACUGCACCGACAUCAAGGACAAUCUUUUGUCGGUCGUCCCCAAGAUCCCCAGUGGUAUUUACAUCGUCCACCCAGAGAAUACGGACUCUUCUUUCGAGGUUUUCUGUGAGAUGGACUACAUGGGAGGCGGAUGGACGGUGAUGCAACGGAGGACUGAUGGAUUAACUGACUUCAAACGAGCCUGGGCUGAUUAUGUCGAUGGCUUUGGAAACCUUGCAGGAGAACACUGGUUGGGUCUGAAGAAGGUAUUUCAUAUCGUAAACCAGAAAGAUACUCGGUUCCAACUUCACGUCGCUCUGGUGUCCCAUGAUGAUGUCAUCUCUUAUGCAGCAUAUGAUGAUUUCGACCUGAACAAUGAAACACUGUUCUUCAGUAUACACCUGGGCAGAUAUGCAGGCAGCGCAGGUGAUGCAUUCCGCGGCUACGACCAGGAUCAGAACCAGGACACGGCUCCCUUCAGCGCCUCGGACGUGGACAAUGACGGCUGUAAUCCUUCCUGCUCCAUCGACGACCGCACAGUGGAGAGCUGCAGCGGCCAGCACAACCAGACAGGAUGGUGGUUCAACCAGUGCGGCCUGGCAAACCUCAACGGCUCCCCCGAAGAUGCAGAGCAAAACCAGGGGCAGAGGAUGCGCAUUUUGUGGGACACCUGGAGACAGAACGGAGUCCCACACACCAUCAAAUCCGUCACGAUGAAGAUUAGGAGGAUUGCAACCAAUAACUGACAGAGAGGAGAAGCAGAGGGAGAGAGGAAGAAAGCACAUAUUGUAAAAGUUGCA